CAGACCGCCAGCCCUGGAUGCAGUGCCUGGCUCUGUGGUCUCAGCAGCUCAGCCAGCAUGCAGCAGCAGCCCUCACCAGGGACCCUGGCCCCCUGUGCUGAGCCCACCAAACCCCCCUACAGCUACAUAGCCCUGAUUGCUAUGGCCAUCCAGAGCUCGCCAGGGCAGCGGGCUACCCUCAGUGGCAUCUACCGCUACAUCAUGGGCCGAUUCGCCUUUUACCGCCACAACCAGCCUGGCUGGCAGAACAGUAUCCGCCACAACCUGUCUCUCAACGAGUGCUUUGUCAAGGUGCCCCGUGAUGACCGAAAGCCAGGCAAGGGCAGCUACUGGACCCUGGAUCCCGACUGUCACGACAUGUUCCAGCAUGGCAGCUUCCUCCGCCGCCGAAGACGCUUCACCCGGCGGACAGGUGCCCAGGGCUCCAAGGGCUCUACCAAGGCAGGCCAUGGACCCUCCAGAGUCACCAUCCAGGACUCAGGAGUUCCUAACACCACAACUGGGAAGCAGUGCCCAUUCCCACCAGAGCUAGCAGACCCCAAGGGCCUAAGCUUUGGAGGUCUGAUGGGGUCUUUAACAACUAGUGAUGCCAGGCCUCGGCUCUCCACUGAGCCCAAAGAAAUAGGCUCAUCCAAGCCUGCAGCAGGCCCAGGGGAGUUUCCCGUGGCUGCCUCACCUUCCCCAUGCCCAGCAUUCAGCAUCCCUGCUGGCUUCUCUGAAGUCGAGGGUUUCAGCAAAGCCCCUACACCUGGCUUGGCUCCUGAGGGCAUAGGGAGCAGUUACCAGUGCCGGCUGCAGGCGCUGAAUUUCUGCAUGGGGGCUGACCCAGGCCUUGAGCACCUUUUGACCUCUGCAACCCCAUCCCCUGCAUCGUCUACUCCUUCAGCCUCACUCCGGCCCCCAUUGCCCCUGCCAGCUGACUCCAAGGAACCCUGGGUGUCUGCAGGUUUCCCUGUCCAGGGAGGCUCCAGCUACCCACUGGGGGUACCCCCUUGCCUUUACCGAACACCGGGAAUGUUCUUCUUUGAGUGAUGGCAGCCAUACCUCUGCAGGGCUCCUGCCAACUAUC